AGCUAGCUCGCCCGCAUUGCCGUAUUCGUCUACACGCCAGCGUGUCAGAUCGUCUAUUCAGCGAGCCAUUAGGGAAACGCAUAAUCGGGUGGUCGGAGUGUGUCGCGAGAGUUUUUGCGAUUUUGACGGUCGAUCUGGUCGGUGAUACCAACGCAAUCAUCUUCGUCUCGUCGCCUCGUUUUGGAAAAGCGUUUUCCCGCGCUUGGCACGAAGUCGAUUUGCACCUGUUCAAUACCACGCCGCUUUCGCUCUCGACGUGUCCAGUUUGCAUAAAUUCCACGGCACAAAUGAUGAAAGGUCGUCAUCAGUUUCGCCGUCGCUUCAGUUUGCAACCUUCGGCACAUUUGAAAGAAGAACAAGAGGAUGCAACGACAAAGAAUGUCAGAAACGACAGAUUGUCAGAAUCGGACAGCGGUGGUGGAAAAUCGGCCGAGAGUUCGAUUCGGCAUAAGAUCGUGAUGAUGGGCGCAGCGAAAGUCGGCAAGUCAGCAAUAAUUAACCAGUUUCUUUACAGUACAUUCACGCCGAAGUAUAAGCGCACCGUCGAGGAGAUGCAUCACGGUGAUUUCAAUGUUUCCGGGAUCCAGUUGACUCUCGACAUUCUAGACACAUCCGGCUCGUACGAGUUUCCGGCAAUGAGAGAUUUAUCGAUCAAAUCAGCUGAUGCUUUCGUUCUGGUUUACGAUGUCAAUGAUGCUAACACGUUUCUCGAGGUGAAGACCCUCAGGGCUCAGAUACUUAGCACGAAAGGAGCCAUCCCAAUAGUGGUCGUUGGUAACAAGAUCGAUCUCGUAGAAACGGAGCAGGAGGUGGACACCGAGAGCACGAGAGAGUUAGUAACCAUGAAAUGGGAAAACGGCUUCGUGGAAGUAUCUGCAAAGGAGAACCUAAAUAUCUCUCAAGUAUUUAAAGAGCUUCUCAUCCAAGCUAAGCUGAAGUAUAAUCUAAGCCCAGCGCUGCAACGUCGCCGUCGGCAGUCUCUACCACCUCCGCAGCACAUGAAUUCACGCACCAGCAGCGCCCACGUGCCGUCCCCAACUCAGCUUCAACACCUGCAACAGAUUCGCGAACGCUCCGAUUCUAAAAGGAAUUCUUGCAUUUUGUCGUAAGGCGAGAUCUUUGCUGAUAAAUCACGUUAAAUCUCCUCUGACGAUUCCACUGAUUAUAUCGAUGGUAUCGAAUCAAUCGGCGUCCAAUCUGAGAAUUAUCAAAUGUGACAGAUGACAGAUGAUUCAUUGAUCCGGAUAAGGUUUUAUUCACGGGCUAUAGAUAUGAUAUAAGCUAUGGGUAUCGAUUGUAUGAGAUGAUAAUUUGCGCAAAGCCACAAAAAACGUCACGAUAAUACGGUAUUUCGUCCGUCAAAUAUGCAAAAUAUUUGGACGAGUUUAAAAACGUGCAUAUAUUCAGAAGAGUUUUGCUCUGAUAUCAAUAUUUUUAAAUAUGUCAAAAUGAUGGAUCUUCUAUAUGAAUAAUAAAAAUUUAAUGAAAAACAUUUCAAGAUACAUAAAAAUAUAAAUAUUACUAAAUCUCUCUUUCAAAUAUAAAUUAUAGAUACAUAUUAUAUUAAAAAUUACUUUUUAUAUAAUUAACUAAAAUAUUAAAUUUUUUAUUAUAUCUAGAAUUUAUAUGUUAUAAUAUAAAAAUUUUGAAUUUACAUAUUCUCGAAUAUGAAUUUCUGGGUCUUUGGAUUUGCAAUGUUUUCAAUAAUUAUAUGAAAGUCACACUUAGUUUGUUUUAUCAAAAAUUUUUUUACAAAACUUUCUCUGACGUGUACAAAAACGUUAUCUUGUCUCAUACACAAAGUGUAGUUUAAAAGAAUAAUAUUCUAAAUAUUUAACUAAAAUAUUAAAAUGCAACUGUGUCCAAUUCUUUUCGAUCAAUCUGAAUACUUCCGUCAAUUUGAUGGAAACAACAUACAUAAAACAUCAACAAAGUAUAAAAAGCUGAGAGCAGUAUAGUGUAAGUAAUAAAAAAAAAGUAUCACACACGAGUCUAUAUACAUCGCUUCUUUAAAUUUUGUAAUAACUAUCCGUUUGGAUAGUGUACAAUUUCAAAGAGUCAAUUUCUAUUACGGCAUCACGCAAAUAAAGCGUUCUUUAUUUCUUCGAAUGCGAGAAAUAUAUUACAUAAAAAUGUAGAUAUACUAUAUAUUCUAUUAGUAACUUUUGCAACUUGUUGUAAGCAAUUUCUCUACUUGUCGUAAAUACGAAACAGAUUGAUAGUGACUACGAAGCAGAUCUUAAAAUGAUCAGUUAAAGGAAUUAAUGAUGAUGCAAGAUAAAGAGAGUGCUCCUUUCACAUUCUAUAAAAUAAAAUUAAGAAUUUGUGAAAUUUCUUGAAAAAAUUUAUUAACUUCCAAUAUGUAGAAUUUCAAAAAUGUAAAAUGUUUUGUUACUAUACAUGUAUACGGAUUAAGAUAUAUUAACAAGACUUUCUAAUCAAGACUUCAAACACAAUCUUUCUUCCAUUAUUGUCUGUCGAUUGCGAUCGAAACAAUGAUCUAAAUAAAUCAGCAGUUGUGCGUUCGUCUAUUUACCGGAUUUAUAUAAAGAUAAUAAAAUAUUUCCGAAUUAUAUAUAAUUACAUUUAUCAUUAUACAUACAUUUAAAUCGUAUUUCAGGGUUACUUCGCACUGCCCGGCCUUUUAUUAUCAUGAAUUAUACAUAUAUAUUGUAAAAAUCAAGAAAAUAAUAUUACAAAAACUUAUGAAUUUUCUAUAUAGUUAUACAUAUAUAAUAAGGAUUGGUUCUUAUCUCUUUAUUUUUUGUAUGAAUAUAUAUAAUAUAUGUAUAUUUUGUUAGAAUUUAUUAUACUAAUAUUAUUAUACUUAUAAUAUCAUACUAUCGCUAACAAAAUGUUUACUUGCAAUAUUAGCAAAAUGAUAACGGUAAAGAAGAAGGGAAUGAGAGAAAAUGUCGCAGUAUUACACAAAUAAAUAUAAAUUUCGCGUAUUUUUACGAUCAAAGUACGAAUCAAGUUCUUCUAUUAAUAAUUGAAAAGCAAAUAAAAUAUUCUAUCUACAGCGAGACAUUAAACGUAUCAAAUAUUUGUAGCCUCAGCAUGCUAAAUAUAUAAAAUAAUCAUAAAAGUCUGUAUUGUCUCGAACUCAUAUGUGUUAAGCGUAAAUCUUAUGACAUUACAUGUGUCAUUAUAAUUACUAUGAUAGAGCAAGACACUAACACUUUUUCAGCUACUGUUCAUACCAAAAUUUCGAAAAGAAAGUUUAAUGUAAAUACUGUUCAUAUUUCACUUUCAAAUUAUAAUAUAGAGCGGAGAACAUCAAUAGUAUAUAACAUGUAGAACAUGGAUUUCUUUUUAAGUACAUACUUGACAAAUAUAUAUGAAAAUAUAUAUAUACAUCUUAUAAAUUAAACAUUUAAAUUGAAAAUGUGGGAAUUAUUAGAGUAAUCUGGUAGACAGUAAAAUUAAUAUUUGUGCAACACGUUUUUUUCAAAUUUCAUAGAGUACUGUCGCGGAGAGUACUGUACAAAAAAAAAAAAAACUUUCUGGUUGUUAAUAUACAUGUUAGAUACAGAAAUGUAUUAUGUGCUAUUCUUUUUUUCUCUGAUAUGUAAUCAUGUAAAAAAAAAUGUCUAAAUUGUCUUUUAAAUAUUAUUUUUUUAACAUUGCUUUAUUAUGAAUUUUUUAAUUAUA